CACAAACUACAAUAGAAUACAGUUUGUGCGCUGAAGUUCAUAACUUGACAAAUCUUUCUGUUUCUUGGCAAAGCCUUUGCGUCAAAGUUGUAUCGUGAUUGAAACCAUUCACUGGAUUUCGUCGUCGCUUAUAAAGUUAUUCGCAACUUGUAGCUGCCAGUGGGAGCAGCUCGGUGAUUAUGCCGGCUGCGAUGCAAUGUUAUUCUUAAUUGAUCUUACCGAGUAGGUUUGCUUCACCUAUCCGAAGGAAUAUUGGAGCCGGCGUAGGCAAUAGCCACCGAACGCCAGCAAAAUGGACUUAUUGACUCAAUACGGGGACGACGGUGACGAUCUAAGCUCGGGUCCCCCGCCCGAAAGCCCCACGGCUGCAGAGGUAGCAACAUCACGACCGCAGCUCAAUCUAGCCAUCUCAGCUGCUCCACAGGUGGAUACGACAGGCAUGGUGCUGUAUGAUAGUCGGGCUCGCCCGACAGGGGAAGUCCAGCGGCUCCAAAGCGCCGGAGCUCGCAAGGUGAUGGUCAACCUGCCCAUGGAGGAAAUGUAUGCACCAGUGCUAGGCCCUGCGCACCCUUUCCAGAAGGACGGCCUGGCGGCGGGCUACAAGAACCACUUCGUGGGGCAUGUGGAGGAUGCCCACAUGCACCCCUACCAUUUUGAACGCGAGUACCACAACUUCCAUGCUCUAGGAUACGGAGAGGCGCCCAGCGGGAUAGGAGUGGUGGGUCGGCCGGUGGAUGAGGACGCGGUGGAGGUGGGGCGUGACGGUGGUCCCAGUGCCUGGAAGCGACGGAAGACCACUGCAGAGCGCAAGGCGGAGCAGGCUGCCCGUGUUGAGCGCCUUUCCGAGCCCGUGGACCCCUCCCAGCCCUUCAAACUACUGGAACGACAACCCUGGGCGAGCAAGGAGCGGGAGGUUUCGGAGCUUACAGAGGAGCAGAAGGAGUACAUCGCUAAGAUGGAGGCAGCCAAGAUGGAGGCCGCGGCGGGGGCGGUGGAGACCAAGGGGCCCACCACGUUUUUCCACGGCAAGGACGAAAAGGACUACCAGGGCAGGUCCUGGGUGCUUCCGCCUCGGGACAAACGCAAGGAGUCCGACAGCUGCUUCCUGCCCAAGCGCUGGGUGCACACAUGGUCGGGUCACACCAAGGGUGUCAAUGCGAUCCGUUUCUUCCCGGGCUCGGGGCAUCUGCUGUUGUCGGCUGGGUUAGACGGCAAGGUCAAGAUCUGGGACGUGUACGGCAGUGGCAAGUGCAUGCGGUCGUACUUGGGACACUCCAAGGGCGUACGCGAUGUGUGCUUCUCCAACGACGGUCGCCGGUUCCUGUCCACUGGCUACGACAAGAACAUCCGGCUGUGGGACACGGAGACGGGAGCCGUCAUCAAGAGCUUCAAUAACAACAAGGUUCACUACUGUGUCAAGUUUCAUCCAGGGGACGACCGACAGAACGUGUUCAUGUCGGGCUGUCAGGACAAGAAGAUCUACCAGUUCGACGCUGACACGGGUGAGGCGGUCCAGGAGUACAAUUACCAUCUGGGUCCAGUCAACACCGUCACAUUCAUCGACGAGGGCCGGCAGUUCGUGUCUACAUCGGACGACAAGACCAUUCGCGUGUGGGAGUUUGGCAUCCCCGUGCAGAUUAAGUACAUCGCCGACCCAUCCAUGCACUCGAUGCCCGCCGUCGCUACGCACCCCUCCAACAACUACUUACUCAUGCAGAGCUUGGACAACCAAGUGCUGACCUACAUGAUCAAGGAUGGCAGGUUCAAGUCGCAGAAAAACAAGACGUUCAAAGGCCACAACACGGCGGGCUACGCAUGCCAAGUCAACACAUCUCCGGACGGGAAGUACGUCAUGUCGGGCGAUUCUGAGGGGCGAUGUUUCUUCUGGGAGUGGGGCGCGGCGCAGAAGAUCGUUCGCACCAUCAAGGCACACGACGCCGUGUGUAUCGGCUGCGCGUGGAACCCAAUGGAGAGCAGCAAGGUGGCCACGUGCGGCUGGGACGGAGUCAUUAAAUACUGGGAUUGAGGCCACCUCUAGAGGCCAAGGGGCUGCUUUGACGUUUGGGUCUAUUGAGAGGGCGGUCGCGCGAAAUAUACCGUCAGACUGUGUGUCUUACGCCAUGAACGCGGACUUGGACGCGGACUUGGCGUCAGUGGUUGGGUGACUUUGCAUGUCUUUUACUUAGAAGGUGCAAGGCCGGACGGAAUGCCAGUGUUCGCAUGUAGAUAUUGCAUAUGCAUUGCGAAGGCAAGGGAAUGAUUACAAGGAGUGGGUCAGUCAGGAAAGUCUGUCGAAACCUGAAAAUGAACAGUCUGCCUGCUUCAGUCAUUGAACACACGAUGACAUAUGACAUAUGUGUAAGUCAAACGGCUAU